AUGGCUAGCAUUCAGUACGUCGACGAGUUUGAAGACGAUGGCUAUGACGAUGACUAUGAGGGCGAAGGCUAUGGCGAGGAAGGCGAGAUGAGUGCCGAGGACCAGGCUGCAAUGACGAAGGGUACGGCCGAUGUUCGCAAAGCCCUGGGGAAAGACUCAAACAAGGUCACGUUGGCGGUGAUUCAAGAUGCGCUAUGGCACUACUUCUACGACGUAGAGAAGUCUGUGGCAUAUUUGAGAAAGGAGUUCGUUAACCCACGAACUACCCAGCCAGCCUCUAAGCCUCCUCCACCCAAGAAGGUUCCGGAAGGUACGUCAUGUACUAUGUUCUUUCCUGCUUCACGAGAGUCUCCCUGGGCAUCACAUGGUGCCGAAGCGGGGGGCUACGCGAGUCCGCUUGCUGCAAGUGCGCUGCCAGCUAUGAGAGCUCCAGCAGUAUCAAAACGCGCCUCUCUGGGCGCGUUUGACGACAUGCCUUGGUUGAACACGCCACGAGAUCGGCAUGCGGUGUUCAUGAGACCAUGGCAGCCGAAAGGGGGUCUCUUGGGCGGUGGCGAGGCAGGGAUGAGCAAGUUGCAAAAGCUUGCCGCAGCUAGGAAGAAGAAGCAAGACGAGAAAGGUGCCGCCGACAACACUGCUCAAGCUGAGAAAGAUCUGGGAAAAUUAUCCCUGUCCGCAGCCCGCAAAGAGGAUGAGGCGCCAGUCAAUCCGCUCGCCAAGAGACAAAAGCUGUCAAAAGCCGCCGACGUGCAAGUCGGGGUACCUGAGCAGGCCGAGAUCGAAAACGAGGAAGCCGGCUCUGAGCCUCCUCAAACCUUACCAUCGGUUGCUGGAGAAGAAUCGGUUGUGGAGCUACCCGAGCCUACGUCCGCACCUUCAGCCUUCGCGCGCACUUUGCUUGGUCCUACCCCAUCGGCCCCCAGAGACCCUACGAGAAACCUGUUUCCCAUGCCAUACACUCUGUCCUCCCAGUACUCUGCGGACAACUUCUCUACACCCAGUCCCGACGACGUUGUGUUCGCUGCACAGUCGCAAGCGGGCAAGAAGGCCACAUCACAAGCAAAAGCCUCAGCUAAGAAAAAUGAGGGGGCUCAGAAGUCUAGCGGCACAGAGCAGGCAGCUUCUGACUUGUCUGCCUUGAAGAUCAACGAUGCUCCUCCCCCAAAGACCAAAGGGCUCAACGUGGUGAAGGAGUUUGAGAAUAGCGCUAGCAAGCGUAGCGUUAGUUUUGUUGUCGUGGGGCAUGUUGACGCGGGAAAAAGUACUCUAAUGGGUCGGCUGUUGACAGAACUCAAGUUUGUCGAGCAACGGACGAUUGAUAAAUACCGUCGACAGGGCGAGAAGAUUGGGAAACAGUCUUUUGCUCUGGCUUGGGUCAUGGACCAGAGAAGUGACGAACGCGAACGAGGAGUGACAAUCGACAUUGCGACCAACCACUUUGAGACGGACGUUACAAAGUUCACCAUUCUCGACGCACCAGGCCAUCAGGAUUUUGUGCCCAACAUGAUUGCCGGUGCAAGUCAGGCCGAUUUCGCUGUUCUGGUCAUCGAUGCCAAUACCGGUGCUUACGAGAAGGGGUUGAAAGGUCAGACAAGAGAACACGUCCUUCUGCUACGCAGUCUGGGUGUCCAACGACUUGUGGUGGCGAUCAACAAGCUUGACAUGGUGGACUGGUCUCAGGAACGAUUCAAUGAAAUCCACCACGAGGUCACCGGCUUCCUCACAGGCCUAGGGUUUCAGGAAAAGCACGUCAGCUUCAUACCCAUAUCGGGGUUGAAUGGCGAUAAUACUGUCAAGCCCAUCGAAAACCCGGCAGCGGCGUGGUACAAGGGCACCACGCUGAUUGAAGCUUUGGAGGCGUCUGGGCCCUCAGCAGCUCGUGCUCUGCAAAAGCCCUUGAGAAUGGCGAUAUCAGAAAUCUUCCGGUCACAACAGGGCUCACAGGCCAUCGGUGGACGCAUAGAUACCGGCACGAUGCAAGUCGGCGAUGUCCUUGUGAUUCAGCCAAGUGGAGAAACUGCGCACAUCAAGUCCAUCUCGGUCGAUGGCGAGACAAGAGAUUGGGCUGUUGCAGGCUACAACGUCAAUCUGUCGCUGACUGACAUUGACCCGGUUCAUAUGAAGGUCGGGGAUAUUCUAUGUCACCCACAGGAUGCCAUCGCUACAGGUGACUCCUUCAUGAUGAAGGCAAUGGCAUUUGAUCACUUGCUGCCAUCGCCAAUCGACCUGCAUCGUGGUCGGCUGCACGCGCCUGGUCAGAUACAGAGCAUCAUUGCGACACUGGAUAAAGCGACGGGCGAGGUGAUUAAAAAGAAGCCAAAGAUCGUGCAGCCAGGUGGUGUCGCGCGUGUUAAAAUUAAGCUUGAAACCAAGGUACCUCUCGAAGCUGGCCAGCGGGUCGUCAUUCGAAGUGGGGGAGAGACGAUUGCUGCUGGAUUGAUAGAGUCAUAA